UUUCAAAGUUUGUGUUUUGCUUUCUGCUUGCUGCAGUUGCUGCAGUAUGUUGUGUGAUUCGCGCCGUUACAACAAGAGGCAUAUACAUUUUCAAGAGAGAAGUCUGAAGAAAACUUCUGAGAUACGUUUUGUUGCAGUUUAAGAAAUCAAUGCCAACCAUGCAUCGAAAGCUCGAAAAUUAAUCGAAAAGAAAUUACCUUCAACAUUACCUAUAUUCAGAAAAUGCGGGUAAUCUUGUUGGCAAAGAUUCUUGGUACUUUCAAUGCGAUUUGUUUUUGUCUAGGAGGAAAAGUUGAUGUGACUCUGGAUCUGAUGACUUUACCUGAAAAUCAACUCAAUGGAUCUUUGCAAGUUCAACUUUCAGUUUUAGCUCAAGCUAACAGGGUACAUGUCAGCUGUAUUCAGUUGCAGUUUGGUGUUAGAGCAACAAAAUUGAAUUUUAGUUCUGUUACAAUUCCUGUUGGGAGCAGAAUUGGGAAUGUUUUUUUCAGAAUUUUGUCCCAUGGUGAUGCAGUUGAUGUUGCCUGUUCUGGUUUUAGUGCUAAUAAUGGUAGCCAAUACUUUGCCAAUAAUUCAACAGGAAAGCUAGGGAGAGUACUGGUCACCAAGGCUCCAGUUGUCAGUAUUUGCGACGGUACAAUUUUUGUCAAGGGUUAUGUGAAAACAUUUCAAUCAUUUGUUGUCCAUCUAAGUGAAUCAGCCUUGAGCACAGUUGUUGUCCAAUGCUCUGUUACUAAUGAAUCAUUGUAUGAUUCUACAAAGAUGAAGCUAGAAUUUAUAGAAGCAAGGAUUCUACGACAACAGACCCAAGGGGCGGUCCAGUUUCGUGUUCUAAAUGUCGGGGGAUCUGUACGUGUCAUGUGCCGUGCACAAUCCGAAUCUUGUGUGCCUGCAUCUCCAGUCACCAAUAUUUCAGCUGUUUCAUCGCCUUCCUCAGUUUCAAACUCAAGUUAUGUGACCUUCGUUGUGACAUCUGCCACAGGAAAAACCUCUGUAUCGGCAGUAUCUUAUAGUCUAAGUAUGGCCUCAUCGCCAGUUCCAGACACAAAUGUGUUGAAUGCUGCCAGUGUGUCAGCCUCUGAAAACAUGACAACAGCAGCUUCUAUAUCUACUAGUGCAGAGUACGCAAAUGCAUCUUCCAUUGCUGCUAACAAGACCAAUUCGUCCGUCACUUUGACAAACCUGUCUGUAUCAGAGAUUCGCAGUUCGGCCCUUAAAAAUCUGAUUUCAAAUAUGUCUUUGAUUUCGUUUGCUGUGACAAGUAGCCUGAACGGGACGAGUCGCCUCUCAAGACAUCUAGUGACGUCUUCAGCUGCACCCACCCCAGUGCCAACUCAUACUCCAACUUCAGUCAAUGCAACUUGCCAGUUCUUAUUCAGCACGUCAGGAGGCGCUGCUGUAGAGUUUCUUCUUGAGGAAAUAUCGAUCGCUUCCUAUCCUUCAUUCAGUGAUCUGAAAAAUCUUAGACAGCACAUUUCUUAUAUUGCCCUGGAUAAGCCUCUCGAAGGAACACUGAAUUUGGACUUACAAUGCAGAAUUAGGGCAAUAGACCUUGAUCAGAUAGAACAAACUGUGUGUUCAGCAGAUGGAACACCAAUCGGAGGUGCAUCUGACGUCGUUGUAAGUGAGAUCAGCAUGCGGCUGCUGGCAUCCAGAAUAACAUACAAGCCAAACGAACUGUUUAAAAAUCUGACUGUCGAAAUAGUAAGCACAGGGAACGGGACUGCUGCACAGCUUUUUCAUGCUUACUGCUGCGCACCAUCGUCGAACCAGAAAUACAUUGGAAAGUCUGUUUCAAUACUAUUAUGGAUAGAUGGAAAAGGGACGUUUCCGUUCAAUUGGCAAGACAUGGCAGAGACGAUGCAGAGAAAAAUGACUGCCGUUGAAAACCUGGAUUCAUCGUGUCCCUGUAAUCUGGAUGAAGGUCUUUGUGAUUUAAACUGCUGUUGUGACAAGGAUUGUGCUUCCGUGGAGUUACAGCGAUUUGUCUGCAUGGAAGGAGCUUUUGGUGGACGCGAGAAAACCUUUUUUGAGUUUGACUGCGAUGCAAUGUGGCCUGAUAGGAAGGAUUGGACUCCGUUGUUGUGUGUAGUUACAAACAACAGUCCGUUCCUUGGAUUUUUCUCAAAAUACACGAUGCCAGCUAUGGCCACAACCACAGCAAAUUUUCAAACUUUCCUUUCUGGCAAGACUGAAUUCACAUAUGAAGAAACUGAGAUAAGAAAUAGCUUCGCAACUUCAAGUGUUACCGAUUACGAUUUUGAUGUGCCGAUUCGAACAAACAUUGGAUACCUAGCAGUGCCUGUGUGGACUGAGGGUGGCUUUUGCUCCUUCACAUCCGUGCACUUCCAAGCAGAUCGUGAAUCUUCUUGUGAACACGAAGCUUCUGCUCAAUCAUGUUCUCAGCCGUCGUUCAACGCCAUGAAUUUUCUUCUUCCAACUGGGUCAAAUCUCCCUGCUUGCAAUGUGCCAGAAGUGCUGAGUGGUGUGACGAGCAACUCACUAGCCUUUAAGACUGUGGAGUACUACUGCCUUUCAACUGCCUCUGACUACCUGCGUUUUCUUACAAACAGUACUGCCACUGAUAAUAACAGUGAAUCACUUUUUCAAUCUUCUGGCAGCGCAAGAGCUAUUUCUCGGUGUGCUUUUGACGAUUCUAAAACUAGGCCGAAUUUGCCCUCCAUAGACAAUGCUACUGGUACCUGUCAAAAUGCUGUACUCGAUGUCAACUAUGAGCUGUUAUGGAACGGCAGACAGUUGAAUCAGAUUACCGCCAAAGUCACCAUUGGAAAUUUUCCAGUCAACCCUGUAACCAAAACAACUGUGACAUACACGUAUUUUACUCAAAAAGUGGUAAAUGCAACACAGAUCAUGGCUUCGUCUAUCGUCACAAGGUCGCCAUCAUCAACAACCAGGCCGGCGGUUUCAAACACUCUACAUUCGUCCUUUCAGCCGGCAGGCAAUUCCAGUAUUAAAAGAGGAGCCAGUUUUCUAGCAACGUCAUUGAGUCUACCAAGUGCUGUUACGCAAGACUCCAGCUUGUUGACUAUGAUGAUGGCGACUCAGAAGAUACUGGCUUCAAGUGGUAUUCUUUCACCAUCCCCUAGCUUGAUCACCAUUACAGUUAAAACUUCGACCGUCGUUAUUAGGAAUGCUAGCAUCGUACCGUAUGUUAAGCAGAAAUUCACAGUUUCCUUCCGCUACCAGCCAACCACUUCAAUCAAUGCUUCCAUGUCCCCAGCAGUAAAUGUGACAAGUAAGAAGGUGUUUUACCGCUCUGGAAAUCCAGGGUAUGUUCUUGGAAAACCCUUGCUGUCAAAGACCAGCUCUACGCUGGACAAUUUCACAACAAGAGGCUUUCUAAUAUGGAAAUCAAAAAACGAUGGUUUGUGCGCUGACGCAAGCACUGUACCACUGCAGUUCGGUAAGAACAGUGUCUCUGGGUGCAUUGUCCGCGUUGGAUUGGAUCGGUUUGAAAACUGCACGAGUCUCAGACUGUUGGUGGAGCGUCAUCAAGAUCUCCUUGUCCGUGGACUUAAAGUAGCAAAACGAGGUAACCCUGUUGCGAAUAACAGUGAUGACUGGUUAGAUAUAUUAAGAAUCGAGCCGCUGAUAUCUCAAUCUCCGAAUAAAUCCAGAACAGGCAUCUGCAGUGAUAUACCAUCUCAUCUUGUAAUCCAGAUUCUCUUUUCAGAGGCUGGAAUGUCGUAUGGCGAGCCUCAAUUUGAAAUAAGCGGUUUCAAAAUCAGGUAUGUUACCGAAACCUGGUCCAUUGCUUGUGCAUCGGGUGCCCAAUCACGAUGUUUCAACAGCACUGAUGCAGCAUCAAGAUCAACUUAUCCUAGACUCAAGUCCUUUUUUGUGUCAAGUUCUGUCACAUUUAUUCAGAUCCCGUCUGCUGAGCCACCUAGAGUGAAGAGAUCAGUAGAUGUUUCCGGCAACUGUAAAUAUGACUCAUGCCUGGCGGAGAUGUUCUAUCCACUAAGAAACUCUUACCAAGCAAAUGUUGCAUCGAAUGAUCUUGUUGGAAUAUACGACGCCACAGGAAUGGCCCUGGCACUUGUUCUUGUUGUCGUUAGUGCUCUCUAUGUAUCGAGGUCAUGGCGCAAGUAAUCUUAUAUCGAUAUAAUGUUCCCAUAAAUAUGCGAGAAUAAGAGACCCCCUUCAAUGCAAUACGGUUUUCACUUCUUGGAGUCGUUGCGAAGCUUCCAUCAGCCACACCUUCUCGCAGGACUGAGCGGUUGCGAAGUUUCAGUCAGCCACACCUUCUCGCGGGAGCGAGCCGUUGCGAAGUUUCAGUCCGCCACACCUUCUCGGGGGACCGAGCCGUUGCAAAGUUUCAGUCAGCCACACCUUCUCGGGGGACCGAGCCGUUGCAAAGUUUCAGUGAGCCACACCUUCUCGCGGCACCAAGCCAUUGCGAAGUUUCAGUUAGCCACGCCCUCUCUUGGAACAGAGCCGUUGCGAAAUUUCAAUCAGCCACACCUUCUCGCGGCACCAAGCCAUUGCGAAGUUUCAGUUAGCCACGCCUUCUCGUGGGACAGAGCCGUUGCGAAGUUUCAAUCAGCCACACCUCCUCGCGACACCAAGCCAUUGCGAAGUUUCAGUUAGCCACGCCCUCUUGUGGGACAGAGCCGUUGCGAAGUUUCAAUCAGCCACACCUUCUCGCGGCACCAAGCCAUUGCGAAGUUUCAGUUAGCCACGCCUUCUCGUGGGUCAGAGCCGUUGCGAAGUUUCAAUCAGCCACACCUCCUCGUGAGACCAAUUCGUUGCGAAUUUUCAGUUAGCCAUGCCUUCUCGUGGGACAGAGCCGUUGCGAAGUUUCAAUCAGCCACACCUCCUCGUGAGACCAAUUCGUUGCGAAGUUUCAGUCAGCCACACCCUGUUGCGGGACCGCGCCGUUGCGAAGUUUAAAUUCCUGUCAUUUGCGUUCGGUUGUGUUUCAUUAUAUCUUCGAUGACAAGGUGAUGGACUAUCGCUACGUUACGGACCAAGUCUAUAAUACGUAUUUUGGAUGACUUUUAUUUUUUUGGGGGAAGGAUCUCAGGUGAUCACUAGAAAUUAUUAAGGAAUGGAGCGGAAACUGUCAGUUUUAGUGUCUGCAAUUAACAACUGAAACACGUAUUUUAUAUACCUUGUCAAUGAAUAUGUAUGUACUUAAAUAUUCGAUUUAAGUUGAUUUCUUUUGUAGGCUAGAAUUGAAUUAAAAUAGAGUGACAAAACAAAGUAAAACUAAAACAAACAAGACAAAACUGUGAAAAGAAGGCCAAGUAUUACUAUUAAAGCAAAUAAUUCUCCAGAAAAAAGAACAAUACGCAUUCAAAUUUCAAAUUAGAAUUACAAUACGCAAAGAACUGCAGCAAAACAAAACAUUUGCGUUUUUCUUGUGCAGCAAAGUCCAGAAACAGUCCAGAAGAUUCUUCCGUUUGGUUAUCACAUGUGCUUGAUAGCUCCAAGUAUUUCAUAAAUUGUUUGAGUAUACUCUCUAGUGGCUGGUUCGAAAGUUGAUUUGGUUGUCUCAAGUUCUUUUAUCGCAUUUUCCAAUUUUUCCCUCUCUAUUGCCCCAAAAAUGGCAGAAAGGAUGGCGUCCACUCCAAGUCCUAUGGCAACAACAACAACACCAGCAAUACUGCAUGAUGCAAUCAUGCCUAUUUCUGCAACCAUUGCUCCAAGAAUGGCCCCAGAAGUUAUGCGGCAAAUAAUUAUCACAGCCGCUACCGAAGCCCCUGUCAUUGUUAUUACCGAUGACCACUGGGAUAACUGCCUGAUUGUUUCCACAAAGCCUAAUCCUGUAUCCUUAAGGGCUCUGUACGCAGAAGGCUCUAACUCCCUGGCCAAAUUUUCGUUAAGCUGUGAAAGAUAUAAACUUGUAUUAAAACUUUGAUCAUUUCAUAAAUUAAUAAUUUGUAAGUUCUGCAGAGCUUUCUGGAGACCGGCUUGCUAGAUGAUAUUGCAACAAAGGAAUUAAGUCGUACCCCUGUGGCUAUCGAUUUCCUUUGAAUUUUAUUUCGUUUCAAGCUCUUUUCCAGAGUGCAGCUUCACCAAAAUUAAAUUUUUGGAAUCUAUCGUUUGAGAAAAUGGCGCUCAACGUGCUUGUUUUGUUUCUGAAGUGAAAUAGUAGGAACAUUCUUCUUUUCAAUUCAAGAGGAAUUGUUUUGCUAUGUAUAUUGGUACUGGUACAGUAAUGAGUGUGAUAAUUUAAACUCCAUUGUGAUAGAUUGCAGUAGUUAUUGGUAGAAAUACUUUCGGAUCUGGAGUCAUGUGGGCCCUAUUCUUUUUAA